CAGCAGCAGCCUCUCACCAUGAAGCGGUCUCAGAAGCAGCAGCUGCCGACAGUGCGGGUGGCUAUGGAGCGUCUGCAGGAACUGGAAAAGCGACUGAAAAGUGAAAACUUUUGUUUCAAUCGUGAAACUAUUCGAAAUUUCACACAAAUUACAAAAGGAGUUAGUCAGCUGGAAGAAAUUAGAAGGAAUAUUCUUGAAGUACUUGAAGUGGAAACGAUUGAAGCCAGUAACCUGCGUCACAAAUUGAAUAAUCUUCCUAAUGAAUUAAUGCAACAAAUGACAGCCGCUAUUCGUGCUGCCCGUGAGUCAAAAGCAACACUCUUGAAAGAACUGCAGGCAAAAAUUGAGACUUUGACACAACAAAUUGAAUCAUUAGAGAAGGAAUACAAUAGGCUGGAAAAAGAAAAUGCCUCCCUGUGUACUGUACGACAAAAGGCAGGAGUACAACAUGCUGAUGUUGUUGGCUUAUUAAAUACUGUGAUGAACAAGCGAACCAGCGACCAAAUUGCAUUGAAUGAAACAUAUGACAAUAUACGAGAUGUUCGACAGAAAAUUAUUAUUGUAAGGAAAGAUAUCUCAAAUUUGAAAAGUGAGAUAGAUGAAAAACAGAGAAAGUUUGAAGCAGAAAGGGAAAUCCUGACUGCAAAGCUUACAGAUGUUCAACUUCUGAUUGAGAAUCAGAAUGCAGCAAAUGUUGAGAAGAAAAGAAAUCUUGAUGAGUUGAAUGCGGAAUUACAGAAAUUACAUAAUAACCUGACAAUCCAGGAAAUGAAGAAUGAACAGCUGAAAAUGCAUAUUAAAAAUUUGAAAAAGCAAGAAGACAAUAUUCAAACAAAGUACAAUGAAGAUGUGGAACUAGCUGAACAGCUAAUUGCUCAGAAGCAGAAUAUUAUCAGGGAACUAAAUAACCUAACUGAAAAUAUAAGAAAAGAAGUUGAAAUUCUGCACACACGGAUCUUACAGACAAAGAAGUCUGCAUCGGAUGCUCAAUUAUUGAAUCAGGGACUUCUACACACAAGUGAUUCACGCCAUGAAGCAUUGAAGAAAGCAAAAGAAUAUGAGAUAGAAAUAAAAGUAAAUUUUCAGAAUAUGAGUCAAAGGUUAGCUGCAGUAAAAGAUAUGCUUGCUGUGAAUGAAGAACAUUUGUCACAGAUAAGAAAGCAAAACCAAGAACUUGAAGAAAAGAUAAUGUCUCUUCAAGAGAAGCACAAGGAUACUAUGGAGUUUCUGAAUGGAGAGUUCCAAAAAUACCUGCACAAGUUUGAUAAAGAAGAACAACUACGAGAAGCCCUCCGACAUAAAAGGGAAGAUAUAUCAAAGGAUAUUAUGCACAUCAAAGCAACUACCGAGGAUUACCUAACCCAUUUGAGUAUGCGUAUGAAAACCUUGAAGAAGAAACGUGAAGAAUUGCUUCCAGAAAUUAAGAGACUACAACAGGAGAUUAAUAAACAUGCUGAGAAGAUUAUGGCUCUUAAACGACAACUGUCAGAAGAAAAGGCCGCGUACGGCAGCAAGGAAGAACAUUUGUUAGCAGAAAUCAAACAACUGCAGAAUGAAAUUGAAAUUUUGAAUGGGACCAUAAAGGAGGUGAAAGAGCAACUUCAGGAAAAAAUAUCCACCCAACAGAUGCUGGAAUCCAUGCUUGCUGAUGAGACAGCAGCUUGUGAUGAACUACAUAAAGAAUGUGAAGCUCAAAAAAAUGAGAAAUAUGAACUUAAUAGUACAAUUGCUCAAUUAAAGACAGAAACCGAAAAACUUCUUUCAUCUAAGCCACAACUGAAGUCUUUGUUAGCUGCAAUACGAAAUAGCCUCUAUAACCAAGUUAAAAAUACUGCUGAGCAACUAAAAUUCAUGGAGGCAGAUAUAUAUGAAACAAACAGAAGACUUGAACAUCUUGAGAUAGAAAACUGCAAACUGAAACUGUGCAACUUCCAACUGGUGAGAGUCAUUGCCUCACUCAAAGAAGGAAGAGAAAAGCAAAUCGCAGCAAAGAACCAACAGGAUAUUGAACUACAAAUCAUCUACGGUGCAUCAUCUGAAAAACUGUUUUGUGAAAAGAAGUUAACACAGUGUCACAAAGUUUACAGUUCCAGUAUUUAA